CCAAAGCCUUUCCACACAUGCACUGUUACGUCUACACCAUUAAACUUCUCUCUCUAUUUCAUUGUGCGCUGAAAGACGCAGUCAGCUGUGCAGCUCAGCCACUCCUUUUUUUUUUUUUUUUUUUCUCAGUUUAUUUGUUUGAUCAUUCUCAGAAAUGCCCAUCCGCCGCCGUGAAAUCAAGAACCCAUAACGUGUAUCUCACCUGGGUCUCCUCUGUUUCCUCGGCUUCACUCCCCCCAUGUACUUAUCAAUGCUCAAUUCAAGUGCCCGUUUUUCGUUUUACUAAUAUUCAGCUGCUUCUCAGUAAUUCAGAUCACUUAUUCUAGGAAAGAUUGGAUUUUUAUUUGUUCUCGGCCCUUGGGUAGGUUGUUCAAUUGUUACGCAUAUGAAUUGCGGGAUUUCCAGAUAUUUUUUGAGGUGAAUUGAGUAGAGGGUAUUUUUGUUAGUUACUGUUUAUGCAGAAACCGGUUAGUUGUCUUGCCUGUUCUCAGAUUUGGGUUUGAUCUUUUUGUUUUGCAUUUGCAUGCCAGUGGAGUACCAAGACUAUGGUUUUUGUAUGUUGGUGAUCAUCUUUUUUUCUGGGAGUGUAGACUAUCUGAAGCAGAGAACUUGUAGGGAUUUUAUUAUAAUUUUGUUGGUAGUUGGAAUUAGCAGUUGAUUGGUGAUGAAUUAGUGGAUAAUUUGAUAGUGUGGAAUUGGCUCAAUUUGGUGGUUAGACAGACUAAUGGGUUGUGUGUAUUCGAGGGCUUGUAUAGGGGAGAUUUGUGCUCCAAGGGCUGUGGAAGUAAAAGAGCCUGGAAAUGUGAAAGGAUCAGCUGAGAUUGCUGUUUUCUCACCUAAUUUGGGAGAUGGGGAGGCAGGUGAGAUUAUGGAUCACUUAAACCAGGUAGGCCUCAGUAGGGAUCAAGAAAUUGGAAUAGCCAGAUUGUCUAGGGUUUCUGCUCAAUUUUUGCCUCUGGAUGGCUCACGAAAUGUGAAGAUUCCAUCUGGGAAUUAUGAAUUGCGGUACUCGUUUUUGUCUCAAAGAGGGUACUAUCCCGAUGCUCUUGAUAAAGCAAAUCAAGAUAGUUUUUGCAUUCACACACCAUUUGGGACGAGCCCAGAUGACCAUUUCUUUGGGGUGUUUGAUGGGCAUGGUGAAUUUGGAGCUCAAUGUUCACAGUUCGUGAAGAAUAAAUUAUGUGAAAAUUUGAUUAGGAAUAGUAAGUUUGAUGUAGAUGCUGCCGAAGCAUGUAAUGCUGCAUUUUUGACGACUAACUCGCAGCUGCAUGGUGAUGUGUUGGACGAUAGCAUGAGUGGGACCACUGCAAUCACUAUACUGGUACGGGGAACAACGAUUUAUGUUGCUAAUUCUGGAGACUCGAGAGCUGUUAUAGCUGAGAAAAAGGGAAACGAUAUAGUAGCUGUGGACCUAUCAGUUGAUCAGACCCCAUUUAGGCCCGAUGAACUUGAAAGGGUUAAGAUUUGUGGAGCUCGGGUACUCACCUUGGAUCAGAUUGAAGGAUUGAAGAACCCCGAUGUGCAAUGUUGGGACACGGAAGAAGGUGACGAUGGUGAUCCCCCUAGACUUUGGGUACAAAAUGGGAUGUAUCCUGGUACCGCUUUUACAAGAAGUUUAGGAGAUUCUAUUGCUGAGACUAUUGGUGUCGUCGCAAACCCUGAAAUCGUAGUUCUGGAGCUCACUCCAAAUCAUCCUUUCUUCGUGAUUGCCAGUGAUGGGGUGUUUGAAUUCCUUUCCAGCCAAGCCGUUGUUGAUAUGGUUGCAAAAUAUACAGAUCCACGGGAUGCUUGUGCUGCUAUUGUUGCUGAAUCAUAUCGCCUUUGGUUACAGUAUGAAACUCGCACAGAUGACAUUACUGUAAUUGUGGUACAUAUUAAUGGGUUAACUCAUUCUGCUGGUGGUCAAUCAACAAGUUCAGAAACAGUUUUAAGACCCCCUUUGCCUCAGACUAUAGAGGCAUCAGGUGCAGAAUCUCCAGCAGUUUUGAGCUGGAAUACUAGGAAUCAACGGACAAGGCAAGAAAUAUCACGGGCAAGGCUUCGUGCUCUUGAGAGUUCCAUUGAAAAUGGGCAGAUUUGGGUGCCUCCUUCUCCGGCCCACAGGAAGACCUGGGAAGAACAAGCACAAAUUGAACAGGCAUUGCACUACCACUUUCUAUUUAGAAAACUAACAGAUGCCCAGCGUCAUGUCUUGUUGGAUUCUAUGAAAAGAGUGGAGGUUCAAGCUGGAGAAAUUGUAGUGAAGCAGGGUGGAGAAAGUGACUCAUUUUAUGUAGUUGGACAUGGAGAAUUUGAGGUUUUAGCAACACAGGAUGAAAACAAGGGAGAAGUUCCUAAAGUUCUACAACAAUAUACAGCUGAGAAGCUAUCAUCCUUCGGAGAGCUGGCACUGAUGUACAGUAAACCCCUCCAAGCUUCUGUUCGUGCUGUGACUAGUGGAACCCUCUGGGAACUCAAAAGAGAAGAUUUUAGAGGAAUUCUUAUGUCCGAAUUUUCUAACCUGUCAUCGUUGAAGUUACUUCGGUCUGUAGACCUCCUUUCUCGGUUGACAAUUUUACAACUAAGUCAUAUUGCGGAUUCUCUUUUGGAGAUGACUUUUUCUGACGGACAGACUAUAGUAGAUGAGAACGAGAACCUCCUUGGCUUGUAUAUCAUCCAGAAAGGGGGAGUGAAUAUUACAUUUGACAUUGAUUCGGUGAAAAGUGAAAAUGCAUCAAGUCUGAUUUGCGAAAACCAACAGGAUAGUAUGCCAAACAACAAGGGCGUCUUGUUGCAAAAGGCAGAAGGGAGCUAUUUUGGAGAGUGGACACUUCUUGGUGAACACGUUGGAUCGUUGAGAGCUACUGCUGUGGGUGAUGUUGUCUGCUCUGUCAUAACAAAGGAAAAAUUUGAUUCAAUCAUGGGCCCUCUGACAAAACUCUCACAGGAUGAGCACGAGACAAACGACUGCUCCUCAGAUUUCUCUAGAGAAUCUAUCAAAAGCUUUGACACUUCAAAUCUUGCAAAGCUGAGCCUCAUUGAUUUGGAAUGGAAAACAAGUUUGUCUUCCACAGAUUGCAGUGAGAUUGGCCUUGUUCAAUUGAAAGACUCAGAUAAGUUUCUUACCUUGAAGAGAUUUUCAAAACAGGCAAUUAAGAAGCUCGGGAAAGAAGAUCAAGUCUUGAAAGAAAAGGAUCUAUUGAAGUGCAUGUCACCGGCUGCAUGUGUUCCUCAAGUUAUUUGCACUAGUGCCGAUCAUACUCAUGCUGGAAUACUCUUAGAUACGUGUCUCGCUUGCUCUCUAUCUUCGAUACUUCGCACUCCACUUGACGAAGCUUCUGCACGAUUUUGUGCUGCGUCUGUUGUUACUGCAUUGGAAGACUUGCACAAGAACGGUAUUCUAUAUAGAGGUGUGUCUGCCGAGGUACUAAUGUUAGACCAGACGGGACACAUAAAGCUAGUGGACUUCAGAUUUGGGAAGAAGUUAUCUGGUGUGUCUAACGAGAGAACAUUUACCAUAUGCGGGAUGAGCGACUCUCUAGCCCCAGAAAUAGUCCAAGGAAAAGGCCAUGGUUUUGCUGUUGAUUGGUGGGCGUUGGGGACUUUGAUCUACUUCAUGCUGAAAGGUGAAAUGCCGUUUGGAUCAUGGAGAGAGAGUGAGCUUACUUUUGCAAGAAUUGCCAAAGGACAGUUUACGAUUCCAGAAACUUUUAGCCAUGAAGCAGUGGAUCUCAUUUCCAAGCUACUUGAAGUUGAUGAGAACUCGAGACUCGGAAGUGAAGGUGUUGCAUCUAUCAAAAGUCACCCCUGGUUUUACGGUUUUGAUUGGAAAGGGGUAACAGACGGUAUAACGCCAGCACCUCUGGAAAUCAUCUCCCGAAUAAAGCAAUACCUGGUAAACUAUGGCAAUGACAAUGCUUCUUCUUCGCCAUAUUCUCCUCCUCAAGACUUAAAAGAUCUCAACACUCGAGAGUGGCUCGAAGACUGGUAGAACACCCCCAUCACCCGUCUGAAAAGCCAUAGACGAGCAUGAUUGCUGCUUAGAAGUGGAACACCGUGCCCAAUCGCCAAUCCCAUGGUUAGUCCAUAUGUACCCGUAGAUAUUUAAAAUUUAUUCCUCUGUACAGCUGAAAACCCCCCACCCCCCACCCCCCUCCUGUGCUCGAAUCUCAUCUCGUCUCUCCAAUCUCUCUGAUGUACCAUUAAAAUCAAGAAAGGCCUUGUUAGAAUGUAAGUAGCUGACAGGAAGCAGUUUAGGGUGGCUGCUUCAGUUGCUUGUAUUAUUUAGGCCAUUGAUAAUUGACAAAAAGAAAUAUGAAAUUAUAGUUGCUGAAAGUGAAGAGAAGAGAAUAAUUCUACAAAAAAGUUCUUUCUUGCA